AUGGGUGACUGGUCCAUACUUGGUCGCUUCCUGUCCGAGGUUCAGAACCACUCCACGGUGAUUGGAAAGAUCUGGCUCACCAUGCUGCUUAUUUUCCGUAUCCUACUGGUGGCACUGGUUGGUGAUGCUGUGUACAGCGACGAACAGUCCAAGUUCACCUGUAACACCCAGCAGCCGGGCUGCAACAACGUCUGCUACGACACCUUUGCUCCUGUGUCACACCUGAGGUUCUGGGUCUUUCAAAUUGUGCUGGUCUCCACACCGUCCAUUUUCUACAUUGUAUUUGUUCUGCAUAAGAUUGCCAAAAAUGAGAGGCUGAGAGGACAUAGACCACAGGUUUUAGCUCAGAAACCCUCCAAACAGAGAGAAGGACACAUGGAAGAAAGAGAGGAGUCUCUGAGGGUAGGCAUACCUACGUACUGUCCUCGCCCCAGAGAGGACUGGAACCCCAGAGAGAAGGAGGGAGAGGAUGGGAGUGAUCUGGAGCAGGAUUAUGGGGAGGUAGGAGAGGACCCUACCCAUCAAUCCAAUCAGAUCCUGCUCAUCUACAUCCUGCAUGUGCUGCUACGAUCUGUCAUGGAGAUCACCUUCCUCAUAGGUCAGUACUUCCUGUUUGGGUUUGAGGUGCCUCACCUGUUCCGCUGUGAAACCUACCCAUGUCCUACUCGUACCGACUGCUUUGUGUCCCGUGCCACCGAGAAGACCAUCUUUCUGAACUUCAUGUUUAGCAUCAGUCUGGGCUGCUUCGUCCUCAACAUCGUAGAGUUACACUACCUGGGCUGGGUCUACAUCUUCCGGAUCCUGUGCUCAGCCUGCUCCACCUGCUGUGUUCAGGAGAGGGACACCAUCAGACUGUACCCACAGCGCAACCCCCUGCUUCUGCAGCUCCGACACUCUCUGAGGAGUCAGCUAGUCCUGCAGACUCCUGCAGCCAUAGUCCCUGGAAAGUCUGGAGGUCUGCUUGCACACGGUCCUGCCAUCUCCUUUGAGACGAACUCAACUGUGGAGUGCACAUCCAAGAAAAGUUCAGAGAACAGAGACAAGGUCAAGGUGAAGCUGGCCAACAUGGCCUGCCCGGGACAACCAAAGAAAUCCUGGCUUUGA